AUGGAACACCCACAAGCUAACGGACAGGUCGAGGCCGCAAACAAUGUUAUAUUAUCCGGCCUAAAACGUCAACUACAGGACGCGAAGGGAGCCUGGGCUGAAGAGCUUCUCCAAGUCCUAUGGGCGUACCAAACAACACCACACUCUACCAUGGGCGAAUCCCCCUUCCGACUUGCUUACGGAAUGGAGGCAAUGAUCCCCAUUGAAGUAGAUGAAGGAUCCCCUAGGGUGGUCUUCUACAAUGAGGACAGCAACUCCCAAGAGCAGAAAGAAGAACUCGACCUGCUUCCAGAAGUCCGAGAAAGAGCUCGGAUUAGAGAGGAAGCUCUGAAGCGAUGA